UCUCCCUGGGUAACGCUCAUUUCUCGACGGCUUCACUCUGUUUCUCUUUAUUCAUACGUAUUGAAUACAUACAUUGGCAUGUAUAUGCAUACAGGUACUUAUUGUUCAUCUCUCCUGAGCGUCCGUUUCUUCUAACCCUUGUGUAUCUUCCAUCAAUUCCCGCCUCUCUCUCAAUGUCGGUGAGAUCAGUGUCCGUUAACAAUGUCUCCUUAAGUGCUUCUGAGAAUGAUAUCAAGGAGUUCUUCUCAUUCUCUGGUGAAAUCGAAUGUAUUGAUUGGCAAAGUGACACCGAGCGUUCUCAAAUUGCAUAUGUCACUUUUAAAGAUGCUCAGGGUGCGGAGAAAGCAGUGCUACUUUCGGGAGCAACGAUCGUUGAUCAGACUGUCACUAUUGAUCUGGCACCCGAUUACAAUUUGCCGCUAAGUGCUCCAGCAGCUCCCAUUGAAACAGAGAACCAAAAUGUAGGUGAGACUCCAAUGGUUGUCCAAAAAGCAGAGGAUGUUGUCAGUGGCAUGUUAGCCAGGGGCUUCACCUUGGGAAAAGACGCACUUAACAGAGCGAAGUCCUUUGAUGAGAGACACCGGCUCACUUCCAGUGCUUCAGCCAGAGUUGCUUCCUUUGACCAAAAGAUAGGGCUUACUCGGAGAUUUAGCACAGGGGCAACAAUGAUGAAUGAUAGAGUGAAAGCAAUAGACCAGAAGCUUCAGGUUUCUGAGAAGACCAGGACAGCUUUUACUACUGCACAGCAGAAAGUUAAUAGUGCUGGAUCUACCAUUAUGAAGAAUCGUUACUUGCUGACAGGAACUUCCUGGGUAGUUGGUGCUUUUAGUAGGGUUACAAAGGCUGCAGGAGAAGUGGGGCAGAAGACAAAAGCGAAAUUGUCAAGAGACGAGGGAAAGAAAGAGGCUGUUGGCUCGGGCCAAGUCCCUGGUACCGACUCCGUUGAAGGUGCUUCUGCCAGUCUUCCUCAAAAUGAAAACUUAAGUGGAGUUACAAAGGCUUUAGAGGAAGUGGAGCAGAAGACAAAAGAAAAGAUGUCUGAACACGAGGAACGAAAAGUGGCAGAUGGCUCUGGCCAAGUCCCCACUACACACUCUGCUGAAGCUGCUUCUGCCAGUCUCCCUCUAAAAGAAAACCUGAACAGUGCUUGAUCCUUUACUCUUUGAAAUCAAAUGCAGAUGAAUGCUGUGCUGGAUAUACAGUCAUAAAGAUUAGUUUCCCGGAGCAUCAGUUAUGCUUCUCAAGUGAUAUCAUUAUUUCUUUAUUUUGUUUAUCAAUUGAUGGUUUGGAUACGGUUUCUAUA